AGUUGUAUUGUUGUCGUGUUACGCGCGACCCGGCUCGGCUGCGAACGCAGUACGCGCCCGUCGGCCCUAAAACGCACACCACCGUCGCAGCUAUUCUACCCGCUUUGGGGUCUCCGAAACGGAAGCGCGCAAAAGUGCGCGGCGCCACAAGUUGCAGGUGUCAGAUCCGUCGUCGUGACCAUAUUAUAAUCAUACUGCAAAAAACAGACACCACUGGACACCGCACACAUACUAUUUUUAACGGACGGCCAGGUCGCGGCAUACACCGUAAAUACCGUCGUGUGUGUGUGUGUGUGUUUGGUCGCGGUCGCACGAUGACAUCCAGCGACGGAGGACUGCAGUCUUGUCGCCGGCAGGACAAUCGGAGCGGCGGCGGUGCAGGCGUCGCAGGCCAAAAUCUGCCGAUAAUAAUGGCCACCGGCUGUCGGAUGCCGCGGUCGCCGUCCAGAGACAAGGACUUAUCCUCCAGGACCGCCGCCGCCGCCGCCGCCGCACAUCAACAGCAGCAGCCCUUCGCUACCACCGCCGUCGUCUUGAACCGCGUUACCAGCUCUUAUCCCGAAGCGUUUUUCAAAAGGAUGUCGCAGGACAUAACGAAUUCGGUGUGGUUCGAAGAGGAGAACGAUUUGAUAAAAAGCUGCGGGGCACUGCAGUCGGCGCUGGGUCUGUCCAAGAGCUUCAGCACCAGCGACAUCGCUGACGCGACCAACAUGGACACCGGAUGUUGGCUCGCGGACGCCGACGACGUCCGCAUGCCGCAUAGCGCUUCCGAACUGGCCAUCAACAAGUUGCGCAUAAACUCGGACGUGCUGCUGAUGGCCACCACCAUGCAGGGCCGGUUGGGCAAUACGUCGCGGUCGCUGUCCACGUGCGUGGUGGUCGGCGACAUGGCGUCCACGUCGCAGCUGCCGUCGCCGAGCCGGUACUCCAGCUCGUUGCACAACAGUUACGCGCCGUCCGCGUUCAGUCCCACUGACCUCGUGAGGUCCGUCAACAAAAAGGUGCGACAAAAUUAUAUUCAACGGCGUCUAUUGAUAACUUACAAGACAUUGGAACGUUUGUCACUGAGCGAAUUUAAUUUAGACAAGAGUUCCGGAGCCGAUCGUGUGCCAGACCAACCGCAGUUGUCUGAUCGCAAUGACGCGACUACAGCCACCGCAGCCGCGAGUUCAGGAAAAUAUUUGAGCGUACCGAAAACCGGUGGAAAGCCUCUGUGCCAGGACGACAUUGCCGUGUGCACCGACACUAUAAAACGAUACCAGCCGAAAGCGUUCACCCGAUACGACAGGAACAUGUUCAUAGUCAACUGGCUGGAUAACAUCGAUCCGCAACACACCGCUGCAGAAGAUCAAUAAACACACACACAUACUAAAUAAUUUUGAUAUAUAAUAUUAUAAUAAUGAUUAGAAAACUAGCUUGCUGCAAAAGUCAGACAAGUCAAUUUUUUGAAAUUUUUCAGUAUCAUAAAAAAAAAGUUUUAUGACUAAAAUAUUUUUAUUUUUAAUGAAAAAAAUUUUCAUAUUUUUUUUAAACAAAACAUUAAUCAAGUUUUGUUUUGAAAAGUGUAUUGCGUAUAUAGCCGUAUGCACACUGUUUAAACAUUAAUUAUGCAUUAUGUUGUUGAAUUUUUAUCAUUAUUUGUAGCAAAAAAAGAAAACCAGAUAAGACUAUUCGCUAUAAAUAAAAUUAUACGUCUAUACUUAUAUUUAACGGACUAAUUUAAACCCACUUUUAGGGUAUACUUGUUUUAUUCAUCGGAUAAGUGCAUUUUUGAAAAAAAUUGACUUGUGUGGUUUUUGCUCCAACCUUUUAAAUUUAAUUCUAUUGUUAUAGUAAAAUGCUAAAAUGCGCGCGCAACAACUACCUAUAUAUAAGAUAAAAGCAUCGAUAUUAAUAAUGCUAAAUAAAAAAGAAAAAUAACUGCUAUGUAUGGUAUUAUAAAAUAAUUAUUAUCUAUUUAUCAAUCAUUUAAUUAUUAUCUGAUUGUUGUUAAAUUGGUCAUGGUGAUCAUCACGGUCUUAUAAGACAGUGAUCAUCUACGUGAUCCAUAGUAUAUUAUUACGAACGUGCUAUAAUCAUAUUAUUUUAGAGCGAUUAUUUCUAAACGACUCGUUAAAUGUUGUAUUAUGCAUAUAGAGACAUGCGGGAUCUCUAUAAACAUGAUUUUUCACUUCCCGAAGUUAUUAAAUAUUUUAUAAAAGUAAUAUCGAGUUUGAAUAAUUAUUAAUUCGUGUUUGUUCUCGGGUUUCUCGACCUAUUUAAUACUAAGUGUGUGAUACAAACUUGAUACUAUUUAAGUAAUCCCCUUGCAUUUUUAUUGAAUAGAUGUUUUAUUAGUAAAAUUGGAGAAACAUAAUAUUAUGACCACAUUGCAUAACAUUUAAAUUCAAUAUUUAUAAAUAAAUCCAUGAAUCACUCAACGAAGAAGGUUUUAGGCAAACCACUUUGUUAUUCUGAUACUAUAUGCCUAUACGUUUCAUUAUAUUAGUAUAUUAAUAAGACUAUAACAUUCUAGCUACUUUAUUAUUAUCUAUAUAGUAUACAUCCUUGAGAAUAUUUACGAAAAUAAUUUGUCCUGUUGAGUAUUGACUUAAAACUAUAUUCCGUUACCUAUUUUAUAGAUUAUUAUUUUAUUUAAUAGGUACCUAUCUUAAUAUAUUUAUAUUUUUAUUACUAUGUUGAGCUAUAUCUUAUAAAUUAACGAUAAACUAAUACUUGGUAGAUUUAAGGAACAAUUCGAAAUCAAUAUAAUUACAUUAUAGAUGACUGAUAAGUUAAAUGGACUAAUGGCUAACUUAUUUAAAUUAAAAUGAUCAGUGAAUUUCUAAAGAAUUCAAAGUCAAUUAACUUAACAUUUUUAUUACAAUUUUUAAUAUUAUACUAUAAUACUAUAGGUUAAUCGACUAACAUGUAUUGAGAUGAAUGCUAGAAUUGGAAAAUAAAUAGCUAAUAAGAUACCAACUCUAAAAUGUUUUCAUUUUAACAAACUCCUAACAAUCUACUUUUAUAAAAUUAGUUGAGAUACGCUCAAAUAUUUAAAAACCAAUUUAAAUAUAGUACUAUAUCUCCUUAUAUUCUCUAUAUAUGACUAUAUCCAAUUCUAGCAUUGUACCUAUAACAGUAUUACGCUUUGAUACAUUUAGAAAAAGACUUAAGAAACUUGUUUUAAAAUAUAUAUUUUAUUAAAACAUGUAAAGUAAAAUAAAUAAUUUACAAAUCUAAUAUUUUAAUAACAAUAUUAUAAAAAUAUCUAAAAACAUUUUUUUCAUAUUUACAAUUUAUAGUGAAGCUCAUUAAUCAUUAUUAUUAUAAUAUUAUUAAAUAUCAAAUAAAUAUAAUUUAUAAAGUUUAAUUUAUAAUAGCUUAGGUAUUUACCCAUUCUGUAUGUCUUUAUAUAUUUUAAAUACUUGUUUUUACUCAUACAGUAUGAAGUGGCCAAGACCAAUUAGUGUUUAACUCAUAAUUUUAUAUCUUCAAUUUGUAUGAAAUUAUUUUGGCAAAAAGUUUUAAAUUGACAAAACACGAUUUUAUAUUUUGUUUAUAAUUUAAAAGUAACCUAUUAAUUAUAUGAAUUACCUAAAAGUUUUAAGUCUAUUUAAAAUGCGGCCUUAAAUCAUGUUACCGUUUCAAAUUUUUUUAUGUAUUUAAUUUAUAAAAUUAUAUUCAAUAUAAUCAUCUGACUAACUUUUAUACACCAGUUAAUUAAGCUUAUAUAAUCUUAAAAAUACUAUUUUUUUAUCUAGGCAAUAUUAUUCCAUUAUUGAAAUUUUAAUAAUAAUUGCAUCUAAUCAUCUAAUAAUAAAUCUUUUAAAAAUGCUAAAUCAAUUUUUUUCAUCUAACAUGACAGUACAAUUAAUAACAGUUACCUAUAAACUAAAAAAAAAAAUAAGAAAAUAAUAAUGUAUUACAAUUACUUAUUGAGCUUUAUGUAUCUUGAUAUCUUGUUGUAUUAUAAUAAUAUAUUGUUUAUACUUUGGACCCACUAUACCCAUCCUCUCUAUAGCCCUGUACUAUAGUGUACUAUACUACGUGUACCACAAAAACAAUUUUAUUUUACAGAUCCUGUUGAGUAUAAACUAAUUUUUUUUAUAAAUUAUUGGGUUAUUUAGACUAUAAUAAAUUUAUGUAUUUAUAAUAAAAUAAUAAAAAUAAAAGAUAAUUUGUUUAGAAUAUACGGUUUCAAGAAUUGACGUAAAAAGUUGAUCAAAUAUGCUUAUUGAUAAUGAUUUAAAUAUUUAUUAAGAACUUCAGUUAAAUAUAAAUUUGAAUUCAUUUCAAACAUCAUAAAACAUUGUUUGAAUUCCACUACUCUCUCAAUCUCUUCUAUAAGUUAUUUUUCAAAAUAAAAUGAUAAUAUUACUAUUUUUUUUUUUAUGACUUGAGUACAAUAUAUACAUACAUAAUAUGUAUGUAUCUUGAUACCUAAUACUACAAGCGAAAUUGAACGAAACCACCUACCUAUAUAUUUCUAAUUUUUUUUAUUAUUAUAAUCAAUCCAACAUGAUUUAGUACCUAUUCCUCAUUUUGAUACCCUACAAAAGUAGUUAGUUUUUAAUAAAGACUUUUUAAACUUAACGGUAUUUUAUAAAUCCGUCCAUUUAUUAAAAAAUAAUUUUUUCUAAUUUUAAAUACUCAAAACAUUCUAUUUAUAUUAUUGUUUAAAUUAUUAUUAAUAAUUAAUACCUGCAUUUAUAGGUUUAUAACAGAUUCGUUAAAAUAUAACCUAUAACCUCUAUAAAUCUAUUAUUGUAUUAAAAAAAAUUAAAUUUAUAAUAUUAUCUGUUCUUAAAAUUAUCGCUGAAAGCUUUAUAAUAUAGUAUUGUAUUAAUAUAAAGCUAUACAAAAUAAAAUAGUUAUUUUUUUUUUGAAGAUAUAACUUUGAAUUGUAUACCUACUUGAUAUUACCUAUAACUAAUUGCUUUUUUAAUACCUAUUUAAUUCUAUAAGUAUACAUGUGUUAUUUAUUUUUAUAGUACCUAUAGUAUACUUGUAUGUAUUUGCUUGUAUUUGAUUAUUAUCGUGAUGAAAAAUGUAUUCAAUAUUCCUACAUAAUAUUAUAAUAUUAAUUAUAUUGUAUUUAUAAUCUCUUUAUCUUAAAUGUAUUACAAUUGGUUAUAUUAUUGUUAUUAUUCAUAUUAUGUAUGGUGAAUAAUGUAUUAAUUAUAGGUACCUAUAUCAGUAUAAUAAAAGGUGGUUAAGUUUAAAAAAAAGUUAUACUUAAUAUAUCUAAUGAGUACCUUCUGGCUAUUAGUUAUGUAAUGAAUACUGUGAAUCAAUAAAAUCAAAUCAUUUAAACAAUUAUAA